AUGAGUCCGUCCGUCGGAAUCGAGCCUGGGGAGGGGACAGCAUCAUCGGAUCAGAAACUUGGAGAUGCGGGGAAUUUUCAGAAUCCUGUUUGGCUCACAGAAGAUCAGCGCGCUCCGGAAUCGAGGACAACAGCGAGAGGAGAGCAUGAGCCGAGUUUACGUAUUUACUCGGUUUACGUAUUCCUGUCCGAGUCCGACGUCUCGCAGGCCCGGCCCAGCCAGACCGCCACGCCGGGACCGGCCUACUUAACCCGACAGCUUUGCUGGGCCGCUCCGUCUCGGAAGCCGCGGCUCCCGUCCGUGCCGGCGGCGGGCGGGGCGGGGCGGCGACACGGCGCGACGGCGACGCGCAGGGCCGUCCCCCAGCUUCUGCGCCCCGGGCGGCAGAACCUCUACGCCCCGGACGGAAGCAGAGUUAAUCACCCAGUUUCUCUUAAGCUCCUGAGCAAGGCAGGUGCUAUCUGCAUGUUCAGCUGCAAGCUCAUCAUCUCUAGAGAAAACUGCUAGUUGUACAAACUAGUUUUUUCUAGUUGCAUCCACUUUGUCUCUGUCAGCAAGCCAAGAUGUCUCGCUCAUUUGAUUGAGUGCAUGGAGUGAUCUGGGGCUAUGGACACCUUCUCCCCUGAAGCUUAAAACCUGUAGUUUCUGUUUAGAUAUUGUAGGGUGCUGGAAUGUUUGGAACUUCAGUUUUGUACUCCUUUUUUGCUUUCUCUCUGCACUGCGAUAGGCGGAGGCCGGUGAACAGAUUUGGAAGUGGCUGUGAUGUGGUCUCCUUUUAAUGAACUGUUUUGCAAACUCUAGGCGUUGAAUCACAGAACUGAUACUGUAUCUGCUAAUGUGAUGCUAUUUAUUUACUUGCUUAGUUCAUGGAAGUUUUAUCCA